CCCGGCGAUCCAAGAUGGCGGCGCCCAUGGUUUCCUAAGUCCAGCGGCAGGUUUCCGGCCGGGAGUGGUACUGUGGGCAUGUUGCGCGCCGCCCUCCGAGAAGUGUCGACAGCACUAAAGGAGGGCCAAGUGAGUCCAACAGAACUUUGUCAACGAUGUCUGUCUCUUAUCAAAGCCACCAAAUGUCUUAAUGCGUACAUCACUGUAACAGAAGAUACUGCAUUAAGGCAGGCUGAAGAAUCUGAGAAGAGAUAUAGGAGAGGUCAGUCACUGGGGGAUUUAGAUGGAAUUCCUGUUGCAGUAAAAGACAACUUUAGCACAACUGGCAUUGAAACAACAUGCGCAUCAAACAUGCUAAAAGGUUAUAUUCCUCCUUACAAUGCUACUGUAGUUCAAAAAUUAUUGGAUCAGGGUGCUGUGCUUAUAGGAAAAACAAACCUAGAUGAAUUUGCUAUGGGAUCUGGGAGCACUGAUGGGAUAUUUGGACCAGUUAGAAACCCAUGGAGUUAUUCAAAACAGUACAGGGAAAAAUGUGGGCAGAACUCCCAUCUUGAGAAUGAAGACUCCAGUUGGCUGAUAACAGGAGGAAGCUCAGGAGGUAGCGCUGCUGCUGUAUCAUCUUUCACAUGCUUUGCGGCUUUGGGAUCAGAUACAGGAGGAUCCACCAGAAACCCAGCUGCUCACUGCGGAGUAGUAGGUUUAAAACCAACCUAUGGAUUGGUGUCUCGUCAUGGUCUCAUUCCUCUAGUGAACUCCAUGGACGUACCAGGGAUUUUAACCAGAUGUGUGGAUGAUGCUGCAACUGUGUUGGGUGUGCUUGCUGGGCAUGAUCCUAAAGACUCUACCACAGUGCAAGACCCCUUUAAUCCAUUUAAAUUACCCAGUGUCAUAGAUGUCGGCAAGCUCUGCAUAGGAAUACCAAAGGAAUACCACAUACCUGGGUUGUCUAGUGAAACUCUGAAAGUCUGGUCGAAAGCUGCUGACCUCUUUGAGAAUGCAGGUGCUAGAGUAAUUGAAGUGAGUCUACCGCACACUUGUUAUUCUAUUGUCUGCUAUCAUGUGCUGUGCGCAGCAGAAGUUGCAUCAAAUAUGGCCAGAUUUGAUGGACUGGAAUAUGGACACCGUUCCAAUAUGGACAAGUCAACAGAAAGCAUGUAUGCUGCAACACGACGAGAAGGGUUUAAUGAUGUUGUAAGGGGAAGAAUUCUAUCAGGAAACUACUUUUUGCUGAAGCAGAAUUAUGAGAAAUAUUUUAUCAAGGCCCAAAAAGUGAGGCGUCUCAUUGCCAAUGACUUUGUGAACGUCUUCAGUAGUGGUGUUGAUGUUUUGCUCACUCCCACCACUCUGAGAGAUGCAGUUCCUUAUGUGGAGUUCAUCAAAGAAGACAAUAGAACCCGCAGUGCACAGGAUGAUAUUUUUACGCAGGCUGCAAACAUGUCAGGGCUGCCAGCUGCAAGCAUUCCUACCGCACUUUCAGAGAAAGGCUUGCCAAUUGGGCUUCAGUUUGUUGGACGAGCGUUCCAGGAGCUGCAGCUUCUCACUGUAGCCAAAUGGUUUGAAAAACAAGCAAAAUUCCCUAUCCUUCAACUACAGGAAAUGCUAGAUCAUGCUGAUGCUCUCUCCCAUCAAAAAAUCAGCCUUUCUUCAUAAUUUAGGGUAACGAAUAUGAAAAGGAUCUUUCAGUUGGUUUUGUUUUGUAUAAAUGAUAAUCUAGAUUCUGAAAAUAUGCAUUAGUGCAAAAUGGAUUCAUGAAAGCUGUUAGUAUGUAAUUAAAUUGAAGUGAACCCCAAAUUAAAUUAUGUUUAUAAGA